GCAAGCGGAAACAUAAACAAAGGCAAUUCACAGUUUUACCCAAGCCCGCUGCAACUGCUGGAAAUACCUGUUAAAAACUGUUAUAUUUAGUCAUUCUCCUCUUGGUUCUUAAAACAUCAAUUUGUUGAAUAUAUCUUUAAAAGUUACACUCGAUCGAGUACUUAUAGAUCUAUCAAGUGUUCAACCGUACAGCUCAAUAUGUCAUCAACGCAACAAAUUGAAGCCACCACUACAGCCACUUCGGAGAAGUGCAUUUACAAAUGGACGAUCAAGAAUUAUCGUUUGAUAAAGACAAAAGUAGGAGAUUCGAUAUCAUCCCCAGAAUUCAGCGUUGGAAACGAUGAUAAAAAAUAUUUCAGCAUGAAAUUAUUCCCUGCAGGCGAUCGCACGGAAUCAGCAGAAUUCAUUUCUAUAUAUCUUACUUACCUCAGAACUGAUUCAACCAAAAAUCCAGAUAAAAUAGUAUGCAGAAGUACUAUAUCAGUUAUUAAUGAUAAUAAAGUUGUUUUUUAUUCUAUAAUACAUCAAGAAUUUGUGCAUAAGCGAUCCUGGGGUUGGAAAAAUUUUUUCAACCUGAAAGAUAUUGACAAAUUAAUUUCUUCCAAUAAUUCUAUCACUAUUCAAUGUGAUUUAGAAAUUUUCAAGGAAUAUGAAAGUCUAAUGUGUUCAAAAAUCAUUAACAAGGAUGAGACAAUUGAUGGGGUAAAUUUAAACUCAGCAUUUCUCAGUGAAGAACUCAGUGAUGUUCGGUUGAUAACUUCUGACGACAGUUCCAUCCCAGCGCACAAAAUUAUACUCGCUAUGGCUAGUCCAGUAUUUAAGGCCAUGUUCACCCAUGAUAUGCUGGAAAGUAAAAAAAAUUCCAUUGAGAUUACAGACACUCCUUACAAUAUUCUAGUUGAGAUGUUGAGAUACAUCUACACGGGUGACAUUGCAAGUACCACAACAGAUAUGAUUCUCAAGCUUUUAGCAGUGGCUGAUAAGUAUGAAAUCAAUAAUUUGAAAAGCAAGUGUGGUAAAAUAUUAUGUGCUGAAUUAUCCAAUGAAAAUGCAAUUGAGAUUCUAAUAGCUGCUCAUAGAUAUGAUGCAAAGCACUUGGAAAAUGAAGCGUUGAGGUUUGUCACAGUUCACAUGCAAUCAUUCGUUGAUACUGAAAAACUAAAGGAAAUAACAGAUCAUGGUGUAUUACUCAACAUAAUACAAUCAAUAACAAAUUCUUCAAGGUAACCUUAAAUAAAAUUAGUCAGAUUUAUAUGAACCUUGAAAUUAUAGGUGAUGACUAGCUUAUAAUAUUGUUAUAAAACACUUCUCAUUUCAGCAUUGUUUGUUAACAGUAAAUUUAACAGCUUUUUUCUUAUUUUAUAAGUCAUUUAUAUUUAAUAUAAUAUGUUUAUUUAAUAGUUGUUGAGUGUAAAGUCAAAAACUAGACUGAAAACAUUUUUGCUGUUGCCUGAGCUCGAUGAGCUAUGUGAUUUAAUGCUUCAGAGCAUUUGAUAAGGGAUUUUUUGUAUCGCUAGCUCAUAAGUUUAUAAAGUAACUUAAAUACAUUCUGUAAAAUUUUUAU